AUGGCUCAUGAUUUAAGCCUGGGCACUAAUAGGCAUUACUACACAAGACCUGUUGGUGCCGCUUUUACUCUUGAGAGCGAGGCGCCAGAUCCGGAAGAAAUCCGCAGCCUUGUGGUCGAUCGCAGUACUGUACUCCUACAAAGUAUCAAUAUCCUGACAGCCCUUCCCCCGGCUACUACGAGCCACCUCUUCUGCAGGUCAGUAUCGAAGUCAAAUAGAACUCCUCUCACAGGGAAAAUGGCGAUCCAAUCGCCCACAAUCCACAACUACCACUGCAUCUGCAACUCCCUCCUUCUAUCCAGCACACAUACCCUCUCCACGCUGCCCCGACGCUCAACAUCUCCCAACGCUGGCCUCGACAGUGCGCUGAUCCUCCCGCUCCCACUUCCCUCCUCACCGACCCCAUUUUCAACCGAGGAAGCCGAAGCGGGCAGCGAUGUCGCGGACAUGCCACAAGAAGGAUACAGUAUAGUCCUGGGCAUGACACGGGAUAGCGCGAAUAAACCGACACUGCUAAGAAGGGAAGAUGGGUUUGAGAAGAGGGUUCUUUGGAGGUGUGGGAGGUGUAGGAUUGUGGUUGGAUAUGAGCUUUUGCCGUCGCUGGGAGCUGUAACAGGGCAGGGGGAGGCCGGAGAGCGGAUGGAUGUUGAUGAUGCCGGGAUAGACGAGGGCAAAGGGAAGGAGGGUGGGCGGAGGGAAGAAUAUAGAGGGAAGGUCUUAUAUAUCCUUCCUGGGGGGUUGAUGAGUACGGACUUUAUGAUGGAAGGGAAGCUUGGGGAGGCGGAUGUGGAUGCUGGUAUUAAUGCUGGGACCAGGGCGGCGUUUGAAUGA